CCCUUACUAUGAUAAAACAUCAGCUUCGAAUGUUUGGUAGAAAAACAUAGAAUGGAGAAGAAAAAUUACAUAAAAAUUUCUUGCAAACUAUACCCUUCCUUAAAUCGUCAAAGCAAGGAGUUCAACAAUAGUUCCCACUCUUUUAUAUUUCAGAUGAAGUUCAAGCGAGUAGCUUUUAACCUAGUAAUAACAUAGAAGAUACCACGUGUAUUUGGAAGUGAGAACACCUUCUACUAUGAUUCGUAAACAUCAAGUGCAAUCAAAAGACAGAAGCGAGGAGGUUUAAAGACGUAUUUGACAGGUUGGGAAUAUAUUGAGGAUCGACUGAUCCAAGCUGGCUAGGGAUUGCAGGUGAUGUCGAGCACGGCGUUCCCACUUGUGCCCUGAUGCGGAUGCAUGACCGAGAGCCUUAAGCUGGGCAAGUUCAUUGAAACUAAUAUGGCCAGAAUUCAACAUUUAUUUUCCGCUACAACGUUACUGCAUAUUUCAUAAUCCAAUGGUUUUUAAAUUUCGUAAUACAAAGUUCGUCGUUCAAUAUUUGUGUACACUUCCAAAAAUUGUUGAAGGUCGUUCGUCUCGUUCUGAACAUAAUCACGAAAGGAGUAACACAUCACAUGGUUUAUAAUAUAUUUUUAACUUGAACGUGUCAAAACAAGGAAUCGUCGUCAUUUAUCCACACGGUACCAACUAAAACAGACAAACUAAAAUACUAUCAGUUGACAUCUAUAAGAUCUUGGCCCUUAACGAAAUGGUUUUGUGCGCAAUUUGUUCAAUUGAAACUUCCAAGUACAAAUGUCCGAGGUGUAUUGCACCAUAUUGCUCACUUGCCUGUUACCAAAAACAUAAACAAAAUGAGUGCAAACCGGAAACCUGUGUACCAAGGGUUGUGCAUGCUACUGUCGAACGAGAGGAUGAGAUGGUCGACUAUGUUCCGAAGAAAAUUUUAGAAGGCUUAAAAUACUCGGAUAAAAUUCGAGAUCUACUGAAGAACCCUCAUCUCCGGAGUCUGCUUCGAUUUUUGAAUGAUACAAAUAAACCUUACUCUGCAUUGGAAAAUGUUAUGCGUGAACCUAUUUUCGUCGAAUUUUCAGAUGAAUGCCUUAAGAUUGUAGACUCAAACUUAUAGGUCCAAUAUACUAUUUCUAAUAUUUUUUAAAAUAAUUUCCCAAUUGUUUUCAAAUACAAAAACUUAAACAUGGUUCACUCUCUUGUGACUGAAUUGUUAUGAAAGUUUUAAUUGGUAAAGUGAUUGUGCUGCUUUAACAUCUACGCAGGAUUUUGUGCCGCAGUAGCUUUAUAACUAGUUCGUGAUUUAUUAAGGUCUGCCGAGUUUGAUUUGCACAUUUUUAUCACAAACAACAAUCAUUUGGAAAAUUUUUAAAAGUAGAUCUUCGCGUAUGAUUUUCAGAUAAGUUGUCUGUUCAUUGAUGGAUUAAUUGAUAGACAGUUGUAUUACUACAUUUUAGAAGUCUGGUUCGAAUAGUUAAGUGCAUUGAAAUUGCCGAGACUGGAUUUUUCUAAAAGUAAGUAGAUAAGCAACAUGAUGGAUAUCCGCAAAUUUUGGACGAACUAUUAAAAGAUGAAAACAUUUUACUGGUUAUAAACUUAAAAUUCAACGAACUGACCAAUUUGAAGAUUAAAAAACGUUCUGUUUAACUAAUUAAGAAAACUCUUUGUACUGUAUAAGUACCUGUCACCAAGGUAAUUGUUAGUUGCGAUAUUCUGUAAAGACGUAUACACAGAUAAAACCUCUAACAUUCGUGAAAUAUCGAUAUUUGUAUACGUGUUUUAUUAUCUGUCCAGUUGUACAGGUUAAUGCAACGGCCUAGU